AUGACUUCGGAUGCUGCAGGGCGCCAACGCAAGUCCGUCUUGUACAACCUCAAACUGUCUCCAGGGAAGGGUCGCGCCGGCGCCACGCACGCCAUCUUUCUCGGUCACACCAUCUCCCCGGCAGGUGUUAGCCCUGAUGGCGUCAAGGUUAGGGCGCUCACGCACAUGCCGCCGCCGACGAAUGUUAAGCAGCUUCGGAGUCUUCUCGGUGGACUCAGCUACUACCGGAAAUUCCUCAAGAAUCUCGCCACCAAGGUGCGGCCUCUCAACUCUCUUCUCAAACAAGGCGUCCCCUUCAAGUACACCCCGGGCAUGGUCAAGGUUGUCAAAACGUUGUUAAGCGAACUCGCUCGCCCCCCGAUUUUGGUCUUCCCGGAUUGGGCAGCAAUCGAGGACAACAGCCGUCCUCUUCGUUUGUGUUCCGACGCGUGUAUCGACGGUUUUGGCGCCUCCUUGGAACAAGAACAGCUCCAUGGCUCGGUGAGACCCAUCGUGUACAUCAGCCGCGCUACUCUUCCUGCGGAGCGUAACUAG